UAUGUUUAUACGUUAAUUUAAUAGCGAGUAUUAAAAAAAACAACAUUAUCGUAAGCAGCGCGAUAAAAAUACUAUCGAUGUUAUCGAUUAAACAAUAAUUCAAUUUGUCGAACAUUUAACGAAGAGGGUGAAGCCUAACUAAAUAGUCGAUGAGUGAAUCAUGUGUGGAAACGCCUGAAGCACCAGCUUGGUUAUCCAAGCUUGAGAGCCAGAGAGAAAAACUCAGUAAAGCUAGAUUAGGACACGACAGUGGUGCUGGAGCUCCAUGCAAUUCUUGUGGAUCGUCUUGUCCAGGAUUAGAUCUUCAUUUCUGGAGAAAAGUGUGCAGAGCAUGUCACUGUAGUAAGGAUGUACACGAUGUUCAAGAUGAUGAUUUAUCUGGUUGGGCCCAGUUUGAACUUCUUGGUACAGCUAAACCUAAGAAGGCUUCCUUGCCUCUAAUAAAAAUUCGUGGAGUCACAGACAAGCCCGUUAAACUUGACUGGGUUCCUCCUAACGCUUCAACUGAAUUGGUGUCAGAAUACAUGUCGUGUCUUGGACCACUCGCCCCUGUAUCCGGCAGUGAUGCGGCUCGUAAGCGUCGAGCACAACUCCGGACCCAACUGCCACCGCACGAUGUGGCAACAGCUGCUAGACAUCAUGCAAGUGAUCAGGAGAAAUCGGAACAUACCGAAUAUAUCACUCGCAUCAAGGAUCAUGUGGUGGGCAUGGGCAACGUCGUCAGGGUCGGCCCUUUACAAAGCGCCGAAAUAUGUUCAGUUGAAAAUAGCAAAGUACAUACUGCCCCGAAAUCUUAUGCCCUACCAUUAAAAAUAUCCAACAUAUCUAGGGGUGUCAAGUAUAACAUUGUUCCCAAAAAUGCAUCUGAUAAAAAACUUGUAUUGGAUUCCCAAGGUAAUGUUGUGAGUGCUGCCAAUUUGCCAGAUUAUAAGUCGAGUCCCAUACUAAGUCGUAUUGUCAAAGAUAAACUCCAUAUUAUGCGAAUUGAAUCCGAUAGAAUUAAGAGCGCUGUUGAACAUGGGCCUGUAUACGAUAAGCUUUUGAAGAACUUAACCGAUCUUAACUUGCCAGUGACACAUGAUGUCUACUUGCAACCAAUCAAGUUAUUCCGAGACGAAUAUAAUAGAAACCCUCAAUUCAAGGAGGAAGUCAAUGAGUUUGCCCAAAAAUCACUGGGGGCUCAAAUGAUACCAGACUUAUCGGUGAUAAACAACAAUAUAAUGGGAACAGCAAAACUACUUGAUAGUAGAUUGCAAAAGGGAACUAUUUUUGCUCCAAAUGGAGAAAUUUGGAGUUGGAAACAGGAACCAACAACACCUGAACAUAGUGGUACUCUUUGUUCUACAAAAAUAAGUCCUCAGUACUCUACAACAAUGAAACCUUUGAACCAAGUAGAGCCACAGCAAACAGCUCCUUUGAGGGAAUAUGUCAGGAGCCACUCGGAAGAAGAUGCUCCACCACCACCACUGCCUAAUUACAAUACACACCCUGGAAACAUGCCUAAUACUUUCACAGACAUGCACUCAGAUGUGCCCAUACAAGUUGGGAAUUAUAUGGAGCAGCUUGAUCCUAUCAUGACUCAAUUCGCUGAUAUGUCACUUAAUCCCGCCGAAGUUGAGUUUAAUAGAAAGCUUUAUAACGAAGGAGUGCCUUGCCAGCGUUGUGAAAAGCCUAUGUUCGCGGGUGAGGUAGCAGUUAAAGCAGAACGGGCAGGCCAAGAAGCCAUCUGGCAUCCACAAUGCUUUACUUGCUGCAAAUGUGGUGAACUCUUGGCAGAUCUAGUGUACUUUUACUACAAAGGAGAGAUAUAUUGUGCUAGAGACUUGGCGAACGUCCUUGAGAUACCACGUUGCGCCGGUUGCGAUGAAUUGAUAUUUACUAGACCUUACACGGCUGCCGAAGGACGAGCUUUUCAUGUGCAGCACUUCUGUUGCUAUCACUGCGAUGCCCCUUUGGGUGGAAAGAAAUAUGUACCAGAUGAUAAAACAGGAUUGCCAAUUUGUCUGACCUGUUAUGAUCAAUUUUAUGCCGAAAGAUGCCGGGCCUGUGGUGGAGUAAUUGGUCCAGAACAACAAGGUGUCUCAUGGGGUAACAUGCAUUGGCACGCCAAUUGCUUCAUAUGUUCAGGAAGAAUGUGUGGGAAAAGUUUGUUGAGUGGCCGUUUUGUGGUGAAACAAGAGAUGCCUUUCUGUAGUGUACCAUGUGUACAAAGUAAAAUUAAGUGAGGUAUAGACGGUUUUUUAUAAUCAGUUUUAAUAUGAGGUAUUUACAUAUGAAAUUGGCGUUUUGUAUGGGAGAAACAAAACAUAGAGUAUGUUUAAAUAUAAUAUAUAUUUAAUUUAUCAGUAAGUACUUAAGCAACAUCAACAGCUAUAUAUACGCUUUUGCUGUUUAAGGUGGUGUUUUACUGCCAUCAGAGUUAAAUUUUGUACUUUGCAAGAAGUUAUCCCAAUUUCUAAAAAAAGGUAACCUGUUGGAGCAUUAGGUCUGGGGAGUAAAGAUGUCUUAGACAUUCCAAUUGGAGCUUCUCUAAUUUGGUAGCAGUGUGUUGUGCGGUAUAUGGUUGUCGAUUUACUUCAGUAGAUUACUACAGUUUUAUCACUAACACCACAACCUGCAGUUACCUCUGACGUAGUUUACGAUGGAUCCGCUUCCACAAUAGCCUUCAAUUCUUCACCUUUGGUCUCGGUCGCGGUUUGGACACCGCCGUCAUACACAUAAUUCAUCCUUAGAGCUCUUGCCCUGCAGCACUGGUUCCUUUGUGGAACUAAUUAACGUGAAUUUCAUAUUGUACCUUUUUAUUAAUAGAAUGACGCUAACAAAAACAAUUAAAAUGGGAAAAUGAAAUGAAUCAUGGUUUUCGAAACACAAAUAAACGAGUAAAUAGCUGUAAAAAAUUGAUGUCGAAGAAGAGAUAUUUGAGGUCAUUGAGUAGCUAGUAUGUCAAAACGUCGAUUUCAUAUAUAAGGAAUACAAUAUUUACACAAUAUAAAAUAUAUAACUCUAGCUAUACUUAAAUAUAUAAACAUCUAUUUGUUUGACGGAAUUCACAUAGUUUAUUAAAAAUCUGGAUUAUAUUAAUAAUAAAGUACCAAAUCAUCAAAUUUCAUAUGCUUAAAUGAGCUUUACAAUUUGAUAACCCAAACAAAUCCAUUCCAUUUCUGUAAUUUAAUAAGUAUUAUAAAAAUAUAAAGAUGGAUUUAUAGGUUUUGAUAAAUAUAUUAUAUAAAAGAUACCAUAAUAUGUAGAACCUCAAAGACAAUUGGUAAUUUGGGAACAAAAAUUUAGGAUAAGCCUUAUAUUUAUACAAUAUAUAGAAAAUAUUGUGUUGUGACAAUCAGAGAUGAAAAAAAAUUAUAUUUCAAAAACAAAUAAUAAUUUUAUUAUAAUACUAUUUAUUUAUGAAAAAAGUUUAUCUUUAAGCUUGAUAUAAGGAAAAACUAUAAAAUUUGGCCAUUAUUAUACUAAAUAUAUUAUUUAUAUGCACUUUAAUUUAUGAUGUAAUGUAAAGUAUUAAAAUAUGUGAUAACUAAUCAGACAUGAUAG